CCAGAAGACAUCUGGGCGCAUGGGAGUCUUUUAUACUCAAAAUAAAUUGCAAGCGCAGUUAGUACUGGAGACAACCUUGGGGGUGGUUGGAGCAGGCGGAAGGAUGAGCAGUAAUAGCAAGCAGUCGGUGGGCGCCAUGGAUAAGGAGCGGUUCGUGGCCUUCUUCCCCCAGGUGGUUAAGGAUCUCACGGACGAUGGGCUUCAGCAGAAGGAAGUGGCCGAUGCUUUUAUCCGGUUGAAAGAGGUACUUGAGUACAACGCCAUUGGUGGGAAAUAUAACCGGGGCUUGACCGUGGUAGCUGCUUACCGGGAGCUGGUAGGACCUGAGAAACAGGAUCAGAAGAGCCUCCAGCAGGCGACGGUUGUCGGCUGGUGUGUUGAACUGGAAGGCAUCGGCUUGGACGCUGUGAACGACUCGUUUUUGCUGGAAGCGAGCAUCUACCGGCUGCUCAAGCGGUACUGCCAAGACCAGCCGUUCUACCUCAAUCUGCUGGAGUUGUUCCUCGAGAUGACGUUUCACACCGAAGUUGGGCAAACCCUGGAUCUUAUUACCGCACCGUCGGUGGAUCUGGACCGCUUCACAGAAGAGAGGUACAAGACGAUUGUAAAAUACAAGACCGCGUUCUAUUCUUUCUACCUCCCGGUGGCUGCCGCGAUGUACAUGGCUGGUAUUGACGGCGAACAGGAACACGCUCACGCCAAAGCCAUUCUCCUAGAGAUGGGGGAAUUCUUCCAGAUUCAGGAUGAUUUCCUGGAUUGUUUCGGAGAUCCCAGCGUGACCGGGAAAAUCGGGACCGACAUUGAAGACAAUAAAUGCAGCUGGUUGGUGGUGCAGUGCUUAAAACGAGCUUCGCCGGAGCAGAGGCGGCUCCUGGAGGAAAACUACGGCCAAAAAGAUCCGGAGAAAGUCGCACGUGUGAAACAGCUCUACGAGACCCUGGACUUGAAAGGGGUCUACCGGGACUAUGAAGAGAAGAGUUACCAGGCUUUGCUAGAUGUGAUCCGCCAGCACGCCGUCCGCCUUCCGAGCCAGGUUUUCCUUAACUUAGCUCAACUGAUCUACAAGAGGCAGAAAUGACACACAAACACACACACACACCCCUUCGGCCGUGAAGAAGGAACCAGCCUGUAGCAAACGGUGUGUGCUUGUUCGGGGAACGAUGCGCCGAGGGGAGCCGGCGACGGUCUCCCUCUCCUUAGAUCCAUCGCCUGUGUCUGUCUUCGAGUUCUUGUCUCCGCAGUGCGUCUACACUGCAAGCGUUUGGCGCCGGGUUCGGAAACCAGUUUCGCUCCUGGGAAUUGUCGGCGUGAGGCGGGGGGAACGGCCACCUGUCUUUUAAGAGGCUGGUUUUGCUUUUAGAAAGUUUAUUUUAUUUUGAAGGCUGCUAAGAAGACAAAAAGAGGCUCAGAAUUUUUUAAAUCCCUCUUUUUUUCCCCCAGUAGCAACUUAAAAAUGGAGACGCUCUCAGGCAACUGUUAUACGGUUCACGUUUUCUUUCUUUUUUUUAAAUUCUAUUUUAUUUAAUUUUAGGCUUGGCCAAGUACCAGGCGACCUCUUUCUGCCUUUCUCUUCUGUAAAGAGAAAGCGAGGGAGAUGAAUUUUAGUUACAGGUUGAACAAGUGACUUUUUUUUAGUAACUAACCAUUCCUUGAUGCCCCUCCAGAGUAGCAUGUCUUUCUGGGUUCGGGGCCCUUUUCAAACCCCCAAAAUAACUUCGGCAAAGUUUUGCUUUUUCCCAUUCUAAAAACAAAUAUUUCCUUGUGUUGUCUACCUCCGGGUGAAGCGAUGCUGUGCGGAAGGAUGUUUUUCUGUCAAAUAACUACACACACACAGAGAGACAAACACAUCUUCCCUGGCCUGGACUAAUAAUUCACACACAUCCGCGGACAAGAAUAGGAUUGAUAGAAUCAUUCUGCUUUUUUUUUUUUGGCUUUGUUUUGAGCGAGAAACAGUCUGAGGUUCAUAAAACUGGAUGUCACGAUCUUCUCCUGGGACACGCACAUACCUGGCAAUAUCCUUCAGUCUCUGGACAAUCCUCACACUCUUUAUUUAUAGUUUUCUUGGGGUAACCGGAGUAUAAUCCUGUCCCCUUUAGGAAGGAUUUUGUUGUGGUGGCCAAGACCCCUUCUCUUUUGCUCUGGAAUAGCAUCUGGAGAUGAAACCGUUUGCAUGUGUCUCUUUGUGUGAGUGUGGCCGAUAACGUAGAUCAAGAGGAAAUGUACAGGCUGGAGAGGGGGAAAAAAGGUAGCAAUUAAAUUAUUUUUCAAAACUGGA